CACUGUUGAAAAAUUCUAGGUUCGUAGCUUAUGACUGAUGCUGCAGUGUGACCCGAUAAAACUCCUUAACAAUCGGUUAAUUUAGAUGUAAACAUGAUUCCAUUAACUUUUAUGAGUUCAGUUGAAAUCCUUCCUGCAAUAAAAGCGAACGACGAGCACCGACUUACACAAUACAGGAUAUUAUUUGUGGUCGCUUACGGACGAAAUAAACUAAUAGACGUAGUAGCUUAAAAUGUUUUAUGCAGUUUUAAUUAAGUACCGAAUAAAUAUUAUAAAGUAAAAAGGAUAUCUAUUUAAUUUUACAUAAAUUUUUAAUAGCAUUUUUAAAACACCUUAUUCAGUUACUAUAACACACACACACACAUACAAUGUGGUAGUGGUUCUAAGCGACCUUCACUACCGCCAUAUUUAUGUUGUGACGGAGUCGGCGAAAUUUUUACCUCGAUUCAUUAAUCAAUUAACUAAUUAAUAACUGUUAUUUUUGAUAUAUUAUUAAUUGAUCGCCAUGGCGGAUGCUGCGGCCAGGUCAUUACAAUAUGAGUACAAAGCUAAUUCCAACCUUGUACUUCAAGCUGAUCGAUCUCUUAUUGAUCGAAGAGCUCGUGAUGAAGCCACUGGUGAAGUCAUAUCAUUGGUUGGUAAACUGGAAGGCAGCCGGAUGGGGGACAAAUCGAAAAGAACAAAACCACCUCAAAUGGAAGAACGCAAAGUCAAACGUAAGAAACGUGAUGAAGCAAAAAGAGAAGUGAUGAAGAUGAAAGGAACAACAUUGUUGUCAGAAGGCAUCAAUGAUAUGGUUGGAAUCGUCUAUCGGCCAAAGACCCAGGAGACUCGCCAGACCUAUGAAGUUCUGCUGAGCUUCAUACAAGCUGCUCUUGGAGAUCAGCCACGUGAUGUUUUGUGUGGUGCUGCUGAUGAAGUCCUUUCCGUGUUGAAAAAUGACCGAAUGAAAGACAAAGAACGCAAAAGAGAAGUCGAGAGUUUGAUUGGUUCCCUUGCAGACGAGAGAUUUGCAUUGCUUGUGAAUCUCGGCAAAAAGAUCUCUGACUGGGGUUCAGAAGAGAAAAUGCAGACAGAUGAGAAUAUUGAUGAGACAUACGGAGUUAAUGUUCAGUUUGAGGAGUCUGAAGAUGAGGAUGAUGCUGAUGUUUUUGGUGAAGUCCGUGAAGAAGAGGAAGAAGAAGAUGAAGGAGAAGAAGCUGAGAUGGAUGCAACUCUCAGAGCAAAUUUGGCAGAAAGAGAAGAAAACAAGAAGAAACUAGAAGGGGGACUUCAUCCUCGAGACAUUGAUGCUUUCUGGCUGCAGAGGAAGCUCAAUAAGUAUUAUCCUGAUGAUCCAACAGUGGCACAAACCAGGUCGAAAGAAAUCUUAGAAAUCCUCAAGAAUGCUGUUGACGAUCGAGAAGCUGAGAACCAAUUAGUGAUGCUGCUGGGAGUCAGUCAGUUUGAGUUUAUCAAAAUUCUGAGACAACACAGACAAAUGGUAUUGUAUUGCACGUUGCUUGCUCAAGCCCAGAGUGCUGCAGAGAGGAAAGAAGUUGAAGAGAAAAUGGAAAAUGACGCAGACCUGUCAAAUAUCUUGAUGGCAUUGCAAGCCACCGAGAAAGAGGACAUUGUCAGUGAGCAAAGGGCUCGCAGACAUCAAGCACGCCAGUCUCGAAUGGCUGCAAACAUGGAGCCCAUGCUUGCAAAUGGUGUAGACCAGGUUAUGAGCCAAGUGCAGUUGUUGGACCUAGAUGACUUAGUCUUCUCCCAAGGAAGUCAUUUGAUGGCCAAUAAGAGAUGCCAACUGCCUGAUGGUUCUUUCCGGAAGCAGCGCAAAGGAUAUGAAGAAGUCCAUGUUCCUGCCUUGAAACCCAAAUCAUUUGACCAGAACGAGACUUUGAUUCCAAUUGAGCGCUUACCAAAAUAUGCUCAACCAGCUUUUGAAGGCUUCAAGAGUCUGAACCGAAUACAAAGCAGACUUUGCAAGACUGCUUUGGAAACAUCUGAAAACAUUUUGCUGUGUGCCCCAACAGGUGCCGGUAAAACCAAUGUGGCAUUACUCUGCAUGCUGCGAGAAAUUGGUAAACAUGUAAACAAUAAUGGUACCAUUAAUACGGAUGAGUUUAAAGUUGUUUAUAUUGCACCCAUGAAAUCUCUUGUACAAGAAAUGGUUGGAAAUUUUACUGAGAGAUUGAAAUCAUAUGGUUUGAAAGUUGCUGAACUGACAGGAGAUCACCAGUUAACGAAGGAACAGAUUACUGCAACUCAAGUAAUUGUCUGCACUCCAGAGAAAUGGGAUAUCAUCACUCGUAAAGGUGGUGAGAGAACCUACACUCAAGCUGUGCGACUCAUGAUUUUUGAUGAGAUCCACUUGCUACAUGAUGACCGAGGGCCUGUCUUAGAAUCUCUUGUAUCCCGAACAAUCCGGAACAUAGAAACAACUCGGGAGGAAGUUCGUUUAGUGGGUCUCAGUGCCACACUCCCCAAUUAUGAAGAUAUAGCAACAUUCCUUAGAGUUGAUGCCUCACAGGGCCUCUUCUUCUUCGACAACAGCUACCGGCCGGUGCCACUGGAACAACAGUUUAUUGGAAUCACUGAAAAGAAAGCUGUGAAACGAUUUCAAAUUAUGAAUGAAAUUGUGUACGAAAAAGUAAUGGAACAUGCCGGUAAAAACCAGGUUCUGGUUUUUGUUCAUUCCCGUAAAGAAACCGGCAAAACUGCCCGUGCAAUUCGAGACAUGUGCCUUGAGAAAGAUACGUUGGGGUCUUUUUUGAAAGAAGGGUCAGCUUCUACUGAAGUAUUAAGAAAUGAAGCAGAGCAAGUGAAGAAUCUCGAGUUAAGAGAUCUGCUUCCAUAUGGUUUUGCCAUUCACCACGCCGGAAUGACUAAGGUAGAUCGAGCUCUUGUGGAAGAUCUCUUUGCAGAUCGUCACAUUCAGGUGUUGGUGUCCACCUCAACCCUUGCUUGGGGUGUUAAUUUACCUGCACAUACUGUAAUCAUCAAAGGAACACAGGUGUACAGCCCGGAAAAAGGAAGAUGGGUUGAAUUGAGUGCUUUGGAUGUUAUGCAGAUGCUUGGUCGAGCAGGUCGGCCCCAAUAUGACACAAGAGGAGAAGGUAUCAUGAUAACAAACCAUAGCGAACUUCAAUAUUACCUUUCACUCAUGAACCAACAGUUGCCCAUUGAAAGCCAAUUCAUAACAAAACUUGCUGAUAAUCUCAAUGCUGAAGUGGUCCUUGGCACCGUCCAGAACAUGAAAGAAGCCAUUAAUUGGCUAGGCUACACAUACCUCUAUAUCCGCAUGCUGCGUUCUGGCCCUCUUUAUGGUGUUAGUAUUGACCACCAGAAAGACGAUCCUGUUUUAGAACAGAGACGGAAAGACCUCGUCCAUUCAGCUGCAUCUUUACUCGACAAACACAAUUUGAUGAAGUAUGACCGUAAAACUGGAAAUUUUCAGGUAACAGAACUUGGUCGUAUUGCUAGCCAUUUCUAUUGUAGUCAUGAAACUAUGGCAACAUAUAACCAACUUUUGAAACAAACUCUUAGUGAAAUUGAACUCUUCAGGGUUUUCUCAUUGUCUUCGGAAUUCAAAAACAUCACUGUUCGUGAGGAAGAAAAACUGGAAUUGCUAAAGCUUCUUGAACGUGUACCGAUUCCAAUCAAGGAAAGUAUUGAAGAACCCAGUGCCAAGGUGAAUGUCCUGCUACAAGCCUACAUCUCACAAUUGAAACUGGAAGGCUUUGCAUUGAUGGCUGACAUGGUAUUUAUCACUCAGUCGGCCGGCCGGCUCAUGAGAGCUAUUUUUGAGAUAGUCUUACAUCAUGGUUGGGCCCAGUUGGUAGACAAAGCCCUCACACUCUGCAAGAUGGUUGACAAGCGAAUGUGGCAAUCCAUGAGCCCUCUGCGUCAGUUCCGGAAAAUUCCUGAGGAAGUAAUUAAGAAAAUAGAGAAGAAGAAUUUCCCCUUUGACCGUCUGUACGAUUUGAACCCUAACGAAAUUGGUGAGUUCAUACGAAUGCCAAAGAUGGGCAAGACCAUCCACAAAUACGUGCACCAGUUUCCCAAACUGGAACUUUCGGUUCAUAUCCAACCAAUCACACGAUCCACCCUCAAAGUCGAACUGACCAUCACUCCUGAUUUCCAAUGGGAAGAGAAGGUUCAUGGCCACUCUGAGGCUUUCUGGAUUCUGAUUGAAGACGUUGACAGUGAGGUUAUCCUUCAUCAUGAAUAUUUCUUACUAAAAAGCAAAUUUAACCAAGAUGAACAUGUGGUGAAAUUCUUUGUUCCUGUAUUUGAACCUCUUCCACCACAAUAUUUCAUCAAAGUCAUAUCAGAUAGAUGGAUUGGUGCUGAAACCCAAUUACCAGUGUCAUUUCGUCACCUGAUCCUGCCAGAACGGUACCCUCCUGCCACAGAACUUCUCGAUCUUCAACCAUUGCCUGUUUCUGCUUUACGAAAUGCCACUUUUGAGGCUCUUUACAGUGAGAAGUUCCCAUUCUUCAAUCCAAUUCAGACACAAGUUUUUAACGCCAUCUACAACAGUGACGACAAUGUUUUUGUCGGAGCACCAUCAGGAAGUGGCAAAACUAUUUGUGGAGAAUUUGCAGUUCUACGAAUGUUGUCCCAGAACCCUGAUGGCAGAUGUGUUUAUGUGACAUGUUUGGAAACUCUUGCCCAACAGACCUACACCGAUUGGUACAACAAGUUCUGUCUCCAGAUGGGCAAAAGAGUUGUGUUGCUGACAGGUGAAACUGCCACAGAUCUCAAACUACUUGCUAAAGGUAACAUAAUAAUCAGCACACCUGAGAAGUGGGAUGUGCUUUCUCGGCGCUGGAAACAGAGGAAGAAUGUACAGAGUGUCAAUCUAUUUAUUAUUGAUGAGCUUCAUUUGAUCGGAGGUGAUGUUGGCCCAGUUUUAGAAGUGAUCUGCUCUCGAAUGAGAUACAUUUCUUCUCAACUAAACCGGAAUAUUCGAAUUGUGGCUUUGAGCUCAUCGUUGUCCAAUGCUAAGGACAUCGCACAAUGGCUCGGCUGCAGUACGGGAGGCUUUUUCAAUUUCCAUCCAAAUGUUCGGCCAGUUCCUCUGGAAUUGCAUAUACAGGGUUUUAAUAUCAGCCACAAUGCAUCCCGCAUCGUUGCCAUGUCCAAGCCUACCUACCAAGCCAUCCUGCGGCAUUCCACUAAGAAACCUGUCCUGGUGUUUGUUCCAUCUCGCAAACAAACUCGCCUCACUGCCAUCGACAUUUUGACCUUUUGUGCAGCUGACAUGCAGCCCAAUCAUUUCUUGCAUGUGCCACAAACCGAUCUGGAUCCUUUUGUUAACAAGAUCAAUGAUAAGACUUUAAGAGAGACUCUAUGCAAUGGUGUAGCAUAUCUGCAUGAAGGACUCAACGAUACCGAACGCAAAGUGAUUGAGCAACUUUUCAUGAGUGGAGCAAUACAACUGGUGGUAGCUUCCCGCAAUCUUGCCUGGGGGAUGACCAUGACGUCUCAUCUGGUCAUUGUGAUGGACACACAGUACUACGAUGGCAAAGCACACUCCCAUCUUGACCAUUGUCUCCAUGACCACUUCAAUGCUGAAAUUGUAACCAAAACCAUUGAAAAUAAACAAGAUGCUGUGGACUACCUCACAUGGACUUUCCUCUACAGACGGAUGACACAGAACCCUAAUUACUACAACUUACAAGGUGUGUCACAUCGUCAUUUGUCUGAUCAUCUCUCAGAAUUGGUGGAGAAUACAAUCAAUGAUUUGGAACAGUCAAAGUGUAUCAGUGUUGAAGAUGAAAUGGAUGUCGCCCCACUCAACCUGGGUAUGAUUGCUGCCUAUUAUUACAUCAAUUACACAACAAUCGAAUUGUUCAGCAUGUCUUUGAAUGCUAAAACUAAAGUGAAAGGACUCAUUGAAAUCAUCUCAAACGCUGCAGAAUAUGAAUCCAUCUCAAUCCGGCACCAUGAGGACCAAGUGCUGAAACAAUUGGCAACACGUUUGCCCCACAAACUGGCAAACCCAAAAUACAACGAUCCCCACAUGAAAACAAACCUGUUGUUACAAGCCCAUUUGUCUCGGCUGCAGUUAUCUGCAGAAUUACAGUCAGACAAGGAACUGAUUCUGAGUAAAGCUAUUCGCUUAAUCCAAGCUUGUGUGGAUGUACUGAGUAGCAACGGUUGGCUGAGUCCUGCUCUUUCUGCCAUGGAACUUACUCAAAUGGUUACCCAGGCAAUGUGGAGUAAAGAUUCCUACCUGAAACAGCUACCAUUCUUUACUAACGAAACCAUCAACAGAUGUCAAGAGAAGGGUCAUGAAACUAUAUUUGAUAUCAUGGAGAUGGAAGACGAUGAGCGUAAUGCUCUGCUGCAGUUGUCUGACACUGAAAUGGCUGGUGUGGCAAGGUUCUGUAACCGAUAUCCCAACAUUGAGUUGACUUUUGAAGUUCAAGAUAAAGACAUCAUCAAAAGUGGUUCUACUGUGAAUGUACUUGUCACACUUGAGAGAGAAGACGAAAUAACUGGACCUGUCAUUGCUCCGUUUUUCCCACAGAAACGAGAAGAAGGAUGGUGGGUAGUUAUUGGUGAUUCCAAGACAAAUUCCUUGUUAUCCAUCAAGCGCCUGACUUUACAGCAAAAAGCCAAAGUAAAACUCGACUUUGUGGCCCCAAGUGUAGGACACCACAAUUACAUUUUGUUCUUCAUGAGUGAUGCUUACAUGGGCUGUGACCAAGAAUACAAGUUCUCAAUUAACGUCAAUAAAGCUGAAGAAGAGGACGAUAUGAGCAGCGGCGAUAAUGCUAGUGACAUGGAAUGAGCACCGACAAGUGUUCGAAUUCUUUAAAUCAGAUUUCUCUGUACAGUUUCCAUUAACUUCUAUAUUCUUAUUGAACUGAUCUAAUCAAUAUUUACAAAUCUUUAUCCAUAAUUUUUUUUUUAAUCAUUAAAAUCAUUUGUUUUUCUA